AAGUCCCAGACUAUCUUGUCACUGCUCCCCAUGCAGUCUGGGCAUCUACCCAUAACAAGUAAUUUGACUGGUUUACAAAAAGAGCAUGACAAAUUUUCAGCCUCUGACAUUCACAGACGGUUGCAAAAAUCACUGAUUUGUAAUGUUUUCCCUUAUUUUCCAGUACAAGGAACCUGCUCAACCACUGCUAAAGACCUACAAGAUUCUAUCGCACUAGUCCAAUGUCCAUCGGAUUGCAUGGUUAAUGGAAGAAAUGCCUGGGGAACUGAUGUGUAUACUGAUGAUUCCUCCAUUUGCAAAGCAGCUAUCCAUGUUGGAAUACUGGAUAAUAAUGUAGGAUUAGUGACAGUGGAAAAAAAACCUGGACUGUCGAGUUACACU